AUGAACAAAAAGCCACUGAGGCGCACAGGUGACCUGCAAUUCCUGAAGCUCGCACCGUUUCGUACCGAGGCGUCCGGCUUGGACGACUGCAUAUACGAGGCACAGAUUUCCGUGCUUGUAACCGGUGUGGAUCACUGGUCCUGGACGGCCUUUUCCUUUGUCGAUACUUAUUACAAGGGCGCCGAGAAUAAUGAAAGCGUGGGGCACUACAUCGAUCAAGUGCAGUACGGGCCCAGACUCGAUCCCCUGACCGAAGGCCAAUACGAUGCGGAGCCUCCUGUGUGGAGGCCGCGAGAAUAUUUCCUAAGACUGCUAGAAUUCAGGGUGAAGCAGGUCAAGCGAGAGUGGCACAACACAGUCUUUCGUAUUCUGCAUAGGAUAGAGCCGCAUACUCAUGAUGACCUGCUCUCGGAGCCAGAGAACCGCCAGCGCGUGGCAGACGACGUCCUGAACAAAGACACGAAUUUUCUUCGACAAGACAAUUAG